CCGCUCCUCCUCCUCCUCCUUCUCCUUCUCCUCCUCCUCCUCAUCCUCAACACUGUUCACCCUGCUUCAAUUUUCUUCAUCUCCGACUACGCAAUGGCCGUGGGUCAAUUGUCGUUCUAAUAUCCUCCUCCAUAAUCCCCUACAUCUUCUUUUGUCUUUCCAUCACAUCUUCUGCAGACGCGCCUUCCCAUUUCAACGACAACGAUUGCAACAAUGGCGACUCCCCGAUCGCUGCGAAGCUUCCUCGAUGCGACUCCCGCCGACAUACUCGACACUUCUUUCCAGUCACUAGUGUUUGUGCCGCGUGCCCAGCAUGACACGCUGCUUGCCCAGGUCACGAGCCUACAGAUUCAACUCGCCGAAAAACAGAAUCAACUCUUUGAGCAACAACUGCAACACCAACAGCAGCGAACCUUAUCGAGCACACCACUCCCCGACGGGCAAGAACAGUCGGGGUUACUAGCGAAAAUCGAUGCCGAGACUCAACGCACGAAGGUCGCCAAUCUCGAACGAGAAUACACUGCCCUUGAACAGGAGAAUUUCAACUUGACCCGGACUGUCGAGGGAUUGGAAGUCAAGACCAAAACACUCCAGUGCGAGGUCGGCAAACUGCAGAAGCAACCUCUGGCUAGUCCUACGAUCGGUCGAAAAUCCUUCGUGACGACGGCGGCGGAGGAUGUCUGGCAGAAGGAGAAGAUUAAGCUCCAAGGGGAAAAUGGAAGACUGCAGGCAGAUCUCUCACGAUUGAAGUCGCAGCUGGAUGAGUCGGAUAAGGAGCUUGCUGCCCUGCAUGAAAUCGACACCCAGAUGGCCGAGCUUAAUACCCGGUAUAAUAAACUGAGUGAGGCGAAUGAGCGACUUGUCACCGACAACAAUACCUUGCGAGUAGAGAACGACGCCAAUACCAAGGCGAAACAGCAGCAAAAAGAUUCGCUUUCGCGACUCACGGAGCAGAACACGCAGCUCUUCGGAACGAAUCGACAGCAACUUUCGAGGACAACCGAGCUGGAGAAGGCCAAUCAAGAGCUGACAGACCGUCUUGAGCGCAGCGCAGCCGAGAACAAAGAUCUCAUCAACAAAUACCACGUGAUUGCAGAUGCAAAUUCGAUGUUGGAGAAAAAGGAAUAUCGACUUGAAAAGGAGAAGGUCUCUCUCGAAAUCACGAAAAACGGUUUACUCGAAAACAAGACUGCUCUUGAGGCGGAAAUCAAAGCUCUGCAGGAGUCGAAGAAAGGCCCAUUCAGUGACAGCGAAAAGUACCUCAAGAACCGAAUCGACGCACUGCUAAAGAAGAUCGAUGCGCUGCAGGAUGAUAUCAAGAGACAGGACGAUGAACUACAGGUUCGACAAGACAUACUGAUCGACAUCCGAAGGCAGAAGAGAGAGCUUCAGGACGACAAAGCAGAUUUGAUCCAGGAUAAUCGAAGAUUGACGGAACACAAGCGCAACUUAUUGGCCGAGAACGACAAGCUGCGCGUAAAGAUCGACGUUGCGGGCCGAGACCUCUCAGAUAUGACCAGGAAUUACGAAACCGUGAGCUGGAGAUACGACGAGGCGAGCAAGAGAUGCACGAAGCUACAGGGAGAUGUGCAAGUUCUUCAGACUAGGCUCAAACAUGCGCAACCCUGUAAUGCCCGCGAGGCUGCGACCGGCGAUCGUAAACCUCGUUCCAUGGCAAGGACACCCGAUGCUGCAAUGAGCACACAUAGCUUCGAUACGGUGUCUCCGAACACGGAGCAAUACAGAGAACGAACCGAGCAAUCCAGAGAACGAACCAAGAGAAAGGCAACAGAAACACUUGAGCUCCGCGAACGGUGGGACGACUCCAAACACUCUCAACGGCCCACUACCCCCGACAUUAAGACCGAGAAACGCCAAAAGCUCGACGGCACGCCUCUAGUGGCACCGUUCAAGCGGAAGGGCGCGGUUUAUGUGGUUGAGAUGCCCGUUCUUGUCAAUGUUUCGGCACUCGCUGCCGCCCUUGCCUCGCUGGGAACGAAAGUUCAAGAAUUGCGUAGAGUGUUCAAGACAGCGCCAAAUGGCUCCGAGCAAUAUGUGGUUAAAUUUGCCGAGGCUCCCAGGGAGUUUAGGAAGCACAUCCAGGUCACGAACGGCGUGUAUGCAACCCUCAUUGCCGGUUCAGGCACGACUUGUCUGAUUUGCCACGACGAGAGGCUGACGCACCACGGUAUCAUGGACUGUAAAUACCUCGCCGCUGAGGGACAAGAGAAACCGACUUCUCAACAGCUGAAGAUGAGCUAUACGCCACUCGCCCUAGGUGCUACGGUUGAUGCGAUGGUGCGCCCGCCUAUGCCUCCCCGUGAAGAAUAUUCACAGUCACCACGAUCUUUGUUUGAGCGAGUGACGUUCCCGGAUGGAAGGCGACCUGACCUUCCAAAACGCGCACUGUUCGGGAAGGCAAGCCCAGUGCAGACGUCCGCUCAAUCGCCUGCGGAACACAUGAAGAUGAUCGAGAGUCGGAUCGAACGUCUCCUGAAGCUUUCACGGACCGAACCUAGAUCUCUCUUUUGCCGCUUCAUCGGCAACUUUAUGCCCCAGCCCCAUUUGUUCCUUUCGAUCAUUCAAGGCGGGCCAGUCGAGAUGUUCAGAAUGGUGGACAACCCCACCCGGUUUGCCAACGUCGAUUUUGUGUACCCGUCGGAUGCCCAUAACUUCAUGGCGUACGCCUACAAAAACCUCAACGGAAAACGCUCAUUUGUGGAUCCGACCGAUUCGUACCGCCGAUGUACUGUCCAGUUCGAAUGGGCCGACAUAAAAAUCAAACCACUAGAGCUAUAUAUCGUGAAGGGAAUCCAGCACGAAUCAUGGACACGUGUUCUCCUGCUACGAGAAGUGAAUGUGGAACUGACGUCCCUGACCAUCGUUGACGCAUGCAGCGCGGCGAGGAAGGCCCCAGUCUGCUGGAUCGAAGAGAGCCUGGAGCGUCCCGGUGCCGACCGCCCUGGUUCCAUGGUCCGAGACGUCAAGCUCGAGUUUCUGUCCAUCAAGGAUGCCUAUACCGCGUACACGCGGUUCGAGGAGAAGGGAUACACUACCGGAAAAUUGGAAUGGGGCGUCGAAGAUUGCUUUAAACCGAUCAAAAAGUCACCCUCGACUAGUCCGGAAUUCUAGAUAUGGCAUAGAAGAGUGGCAGUUCUCAUGCUAUUAGUACAUACAUAGAUAGCCAAGUUCGACGGAGGCGACUAAUGGAGGAGGAUACAAGCAAUGUUUUUUUCUUGGGUGGCCACCCUAUUUGAUGAUUUGCGCUGUGAUACUUUACAUACCCGAACCGAUGGACGAGGAGGACGAAAAGGCGGACGAGGACCAGAAGGCUGGGAACUGAAUGAUAUCUAGAGGGUGCAUGGCAUGGCGUCUGGUCACUUGAGAUUUCUUUUUUUUUCUUCCUUUUCUCCUUUUGUCAUUCACUUUGUUGGGAUUGCAUUGGGGCGCUUGUCGAUUUGCUUUGACCGUCUGCGGAUAUCUUCUGUGAGUGGAGAGUGGAGGCGUGGUUGGGAGGAGAUCACUUGAAUUGUAGUUGAUUUCACG